GCAUCAUUUGUUAAAAUAUUGUUGAACAUCCUGCAAGUAAUAUUUGUUGACAAAUAAAAUAUUUCAAAAAGUACUUACUUAACUAUAAAUUAAAAAUCUCGCAAUACUAACUAAGCUUUUUAUUACUCAUUGUAUACAAUAUUUUUUAGGUUAUUAUCUGCCACGAGAAUGUCGAAUCCCGAGAGUUCACUAACUACAGUCGAUAAAGGAGAAAUCGAAAGACAUGGCAAAUUAACAGGGGAUUGGUGGUCAGAGACUGGUAUUAUUCAACCGCUACAUACCUUUAAUGCAAUCAGAGUACCGUAUAUAACAGACUGUCUUGUAAUUGAAUCGGACAAACGUAAAAGUUCAAAACCGUUGGCCAACAAAUUAAUAUUAGAUAUAGGAUGCGGAGGAGGUCUUCUCUCAGAGCCUUUGGCUAAACUAGGAGCAAAAGUCACCGGCGUUGAUGCUUGCAGUUCUUUGAUUGAUUUGGCGAAAGAACAUAGCGACGUGGAUCCAGAAGUUGCAAAAAACAAACCGACAUAUUAUUGCGAAAGCAUUGAGGAACAUUCGCAAAAAUAUGCCAAUUAUUACGAUGCAGUCAUAGCUUCUGAAAUUGUAGACCAUGUCGCCAAUGUGGAGCUGUUCUUGAAACAUUGCGUGGAAACACUGAAGCCUGGUGGGAAAAUAAUAAUAACGACACCAAAUAAAACGAGGUUGUCGCAAUUUUGUGUUGUAUUUAUGGCGGAAAACGUCUUGAAUAUAAUACCAAAAGGAAUACAUAAGUAUGCAAAAUUCAAGUCACCGAAGGAUGUAUCCGAAAUACUACAUAAAUAUAAUUGUCAAGUGAAUAACGUUCAUGGAAUAUUGUAUAAUCCUGUAACUGGUAAUUGGUUCUGGUCAUACUUUCAAACUAUCUGGUAUGCUCUGGAAGCGACAAAGCUAUGCUGAAAUGCUAUAUUUUUGUUUGUUUGUUUAUAACAGUCAGUCCCUUAUCGUUUGAACUAUUAAACUUUCUUUUUAUUCA